GAACACAGAUUGAAUGUUCCAGAUAAUCCCUUUCCCAGCCCUGCCUGACAUCUGGCUGGGUGGGGGGGGGAGUACUUUUUACCUGAACUUCUUGGGAACUGGCUAGGGUUUAGGAGAGAACUCUUCCCACCUGGCUGGAGGAUGAAGCUGGCCACUGGCUUUGUGAUUUUGUGGCUCAGCCUGGGCAGUGGCCUGGCUCAGAGUGCCACCAGCCCUGAUGAAGAGGAGUCCUAUUCUGACUGGGGCCUUCGGCACAUCCGGGGAAGCUUUGAGUCCAUCAAUAGCUACUUUGACUCUUUUCAGGAGCUUCUGGGAGGAAAGAAUGGAGUCUGCCAGUACAGGUGCCGAUACGGCAAGGCACCAAUGCCCAGACCCGGCUACAAGCCCCAGGAGCCCAAUGGCUGCAGCUCCUAUUUCCUGGGUCUCAAGGUACCAGAAAGUAUGGACUUGGGCAUUCCAGCAAUGACCAAGUGCUGCAACCAGCUGGAUGUCUGUUAUGAUAUUUGUGGUGCCAAUAAGUAUCGCUGCGAUGCAAAAUUCCGCUGGUGUCUCCACUCAAUCUGCUCUGACCUUAAGCGGAGUCUGGGCUUCGUCUCCAACGUGGCAGUAGCCUGUGAUUCUCUGGCUGACACUGUGUUCAAUACCGUGUGGACCUUGGGCUGCCGACCCUUCAUGAAUAGUCAGCGAGCAGCUUGCAUCUGCGCAGAAGAGGAGAAAGAAGAAUUAUGAGGAAAAGGUUUUGAGUGACAGCACAGCCGUCAGGCUCAGAGAUGGCAGUGUGACAGGGGGGUCUCCUCCUUUCUUCCAGCAGUCUGGAUACCAUGAAGCAGGAGAAAGGAAACAUUGUUCUAGCAUUGGAAACUGAGUCCUAUCCUUUGAGAAAAAUUGAAAAAAAGGCAUGGAGUGAUUUGAAGGCUACCUUCCCUUUAACGCCGCUCUUCCCAGCCAAGUCACGCUUACCUGGAAAUUCACCUCUUAGCUUAAAGACUAAAAUACAAGCAAACUCUGUAAUUCCUGGACCUGAUAAUCAUAUUCACAAGUGAAAUUUGGAGGAAUCCAACCACUUAAGAGGCAUUGACUUUCCUCUGGCUUGUGUUUCAGUUGCUGGUAAGCAUCUCACAUUUAAUAAAGUAUACUUUUUAGAAAAUUUGAAAA